CGGAGAGAAAAAUAUUUUAAAGAUCGAGCGAUCACGCAGAGCGACAGGGAGGAGAAGAAACCAGAGCGCGGCGAUUUUAUUAAUAGAGAAAUAAAGGCUGCCGGCGGGGCGUGGGCGCGGGGUGAAAAGCGCGAGGCGAUAGAGAGAGAUCACGAGGUGGGUUUUCUCCUCCGCCCAAUCCAGUCCACCACCCCGGAGCUGGAGCUCAUCAUCAUCAGCUAACUAAACUAAAGGGGAGAAGGCAAGGUGUGUGUGUCUCUCUCUCUUGGAUCGCGGGGUCACGGGAGGAGCGAGCUCGGUUGCUUUGCUCCCGGCGCCGGCGGUGGGUGGAAGGGAAGGGGAGAGGGGAGGGAGGGGAUGGACCGGGCGGCGCUGACGGUGGGGCCGGGCAUGGACAUGCCCAUAAUGCACGACGGCGACCGCUACGAGCUCGUCAAGGACAUCGGCUCCGGCAACUUCGGCGUCGCGCGCCUCAUGCGCAACCGCGCCGACGGCCAGCUCGUCGCCGUCAAGUACAUCGAGCGAGGGGAGAAGAUUGACGAGAACGUGCAGCGGGAGAUCAUCAACCACCGGUCGCUGCGCCACCCCAACAUCAUCCGCUUCAAGGAGGUCAUCCUCACGCCCACGCACCUCGCCAUCGUCAUGGAGUACGCCUCCGGCGGGGAGCUCUUCGAGCGCAUCUGCAACGCCGGCAGGUUCAGCGAGGACGAGGCGCGUUUCUUCUUCCAGCAGCUGCUCUCAGGAGUCAGCUACUGCCACUCCAUGCAAGUAUGCCAUCGUGACUUGAAGCUGGAGAACACGCUGCUGGACGGGAGCACGGCUCCUCGCCUCAAGAUAUGCGACUUUGGCUAUUCCAAGUCGUCGGUUCUUCAUUCGCAACCAAAAUCUACGGUUGGAACACCGGCGUACAUUGCUCCGGAGGUUCUUCUCAAGAAGGAAUAUGAUGGAAAGAUUGCGGAUGUGUGGUCCUGUGGAGUGACGCUCUAUGUUAUGCUAGUUGGUGCAUAUCCCUUUGAGGAUCCUGAUGAGCCCAAGAAUUUUAGGAAGACAAUUCAGAGGAUAUUGAGUGUGCAGUACUCGAUUCCAGAUUACGUGCACAUAUCUUCCGAGUGUCGAGAUCUUAUCGCCAAGAUUUUCGUUGGCAACCCAGCUACCAGAAUCACAAUCCCUGAGAUAAGAAACCAUCCGUGGUUCUUGAAGAACCUCCCAGCUGACCUGGUGGACGACAGCACCAUGAGCAGCCAGUAUGAGGAGCCUGAACAGCCGAUGCAGAGCAUGGACGAGAUCAUGCAGAUCCUGGCGGAGGCCACCAUCCCGGCGGCCGGUUCUCGGAUCAACCAGUUCCUGAACGACGGUCUCGACCUUGACGACGACAUGGACGACCUUGAUUCAGACGCCGACCUCGACGUCGAAAGCAGCGGGGAGAUAGUGUAUGCUAUGUGACGGUGCAAAACCUCUCGACGAAGCAGUUCUUCUAUAAGUUGACCGUAAGAUGCCAAGCUACUCGAGACUCUCAGAAGGGAUAGGGUACCGCGGUGCUUGAUAGCCCGCCCACAAAUGUUACUUUGUUGUACUAGUUGGUCUCUGUACUUCCAAUGUUGUAGUACAACGGUUUGGCCUUUUGGAUGUGACCUUGUGUUGCUCCAAUGCUGUGUUGACUAUCUCUGCUGAUUUGAGAACUGGUAGAUCAUCUGUAACCCGUGUCAUCACAUCAUCUUUGUACCAUGUAUAUGUGUUGUAGGCAAAUAAGAGACACUACAGCUUGAUCAGUUUCGUUUCGACCUUUCA